CUGGAGAUACAGAUGAUCCUCCAAGAAUUACUCAAAAUCCUGUCAUUAAUGGGAAUGUAGCAAUGGCUGAUGGACAUAACAACACUGAAGAAGACAUGGAAGAUGACACAAGUUGGCGAUCAGAAGCAACAUUUCAGUUUACAGUUGAACGCUUCAACAGAUUGAGCGAGUCAGUUCUCAGUCCUCCCUGCUUUGUACGGAAUUUGCCAUGGAAGAUCAUGGUUAUGCCACGACUCUACCCGGACAGACCACACCAAAAAAGUGUAGGAUUCUUCCUUCAGUGCAAUGCAGAAUCUGAUUCCACGUCAUGGUCUUGUCAUGCACAAGCAGUUCUCAAGAUAAUAAACUACAAAGAUGAUGAAAAAUCAUUCAGUCGUCGUAUUAGUCACUUGUUCUUUCAUAAGGAAAAUGACUGGGGCUUUUCCAACUUCAUGGCCUGGAGUGAAGUUACUGAUCCUGAAAAAGGCUUUAUAGAAGAGGACAAAGUUACUUUUGAAGUCUACGUUCAAGCAGAUGCUCCCCACGGGGUUGCGUGGGAUUCAAAGAAGCACACAGGAUAUGUUGGCUUAAAGAACCAGGGAGCAACUUGUUACAUGAACAGUUUGUUACAGACUUUAUUUUUCACAAAUCAACUACGAAAG